UGUCAAUGUCAAAAGAAAGGUGAAUUUGUGUUUCUUUUGCAAAAUAGUGAAAAAAAUAGUAAACAAUAGGAAUUUUUGCAAAUAUAUUAAUGAAAGUCUAAAUGAAUAUGUAUGAAGUGGAAGUAUUUAAGGAUGAAUUGGACAGUAGUUGUCGCAUUUCGUUUUGCCAGGCUUGUUUAAGUUCAGAUAGAAAUUUAAUUCCAGUAGAUCAAGAUCAUGAAGAUAUUUUCAAAAAUAUUUUAGAAAAGACAUUACCAAAACCGAUUCUCAUAUGCUGGGAAUGCAUGGCCAUAGUGAAAAAGAUAAAAUGUUUCGAAACCAAAUUACAAGAAGCACAGAGAAUCUUAGCAUACCAUUAUGCUACUAAACAGAGAUCUCUACUGAAAUCUCUAUCAAGAUUAACAAAAACAUACUCAGAUCACACAGUAGAUAUAAUUUACAAUGAAGAUGAAGAAGAAUAUAAACAAAAAAUUGAAAUUAAAGUAGAAAACCAAUCUGAUGAGAAUUAUAAUUAUGAACAAAACAUAGAUCUUUGCCUCAACCAAGAAAUAAAAAAAGAAGAGACCAUAGACAUAGGCAGAACUGUCAAAAGAAAUAAAACUCUACACUACAGGAUUGUCUAUGAACAGAAUUCAAAAAAGGAUUUGAGAAAGAAAUUUGCUAUCAAACCUGAAGAGUUGGAUUUGUGGUUAGAGAAUGAGAGAAAAAGCGAUUUUUAUAAGAAGUUUAAAUAUAAAUGUAAGCUGUGUAUAAAUGGAUAUAAAAUUAAGGAGAAAUUAAAAUCCCACGUCUUAAAACGGCACGAUAAAUCCACAGGGCCGUACAAAUGUGAAACAUGCAACACACACUUUGACAACGAGACUGCACUCAACAAUCAUGCACGGUCGCAUAUGUUUGCAUGGGAGUGCAUGAAAUGUGGGUUCCAAUGUUACUCAGCACGGCGACUGAACUCGCAUAUAAACGGACAUAGGACUGUACAAUGUGUUUACUGUGAGGCUGAGUUUCAGGAUGUAUCAUCUUUCUACGUGCACUAUAAGUCCCUACAUAGCGUGUUCCUAUGUGAUCACUGUGGGAAACGAUGUAAAACCAAAUAUAUGCUGGAGAAACAUAUGAGUCGACACGCAGACACGCACGUAUGUUCAACAUGUAGCCGUAAAUACAAGUCUAGGGCGGCGCUACGCAAGCAUUACGCGUUGAAACACGCGCCGUGUACAGCGGAGCAGGCGUACUGCGUACUGUGCGACAAGCAGUACGCGAGCGAAUACGUGUAUAGGCGACACGUGCAUACUAGCGUCGCGCAUACAAGGGAGAGGGAGAUACAGGUAAAAAAGAAAUAUCCGUGCCCAGACUGCAGCAACACAUACUCGCGGCGCGCGUAUAUGAUGAACCAUUACAGACACGUACACAUGAACCAGUCCAAAUACUAUUGCAGCACUUGUGAGAGGCACUUCCUAAACCGGACCCGCUACAUAGACCACAUGAGGUACAACCACGAAGGAGUCAAGAAAGAGAAAAAUAAACUCUGCAAUAUCUGUGGGAGAGGAUUUGCUGCGAACCGAACGCUACUGAAUCAUAUGCGCACUCACUCCGGCGAGAGGCCGUACGAGUGUGAAUAUUGUUCGUCCAAGUUCACGCAGCGCACUUCAAUGCUGUCGCACAUUAAAUAUAUACACUUGAAGAGCAAACGGGGGCAGGAGUGGACACAGUAAUGACAGGAAUGUCAAAAACCAUAGACAAUAAGGAUGAACUGUCAAAAAGCAUAGACAACAAUGAUGUACUGUCAAAAAAUAUAGAUGAUAAUAAAAUUGUGUUGCCAGUUGUAUAAAAGAAGAGAAAGCAUGUGAAAAAGACGAUUUUCUGUUGUCUCUAUUGAUGAUUCUGAAUUGGAGAAGAUGAGAAGUGAUUGUAGAUUGGAUGCUGUAUUUUUGUUUGAUAGAUGUAUUGAAAUGUU